UAGGGUGUUGAGUUUCAAAAUACAGCCAGCCCAAAUCCUGUGAAGCUUUCCUGUGUCUGUGACAAGCAUCACUUUAAGAGGAAGUGACUUCUCGUUGCCUGUGCGCGCUGCGCCGAAUUUAGCAAGAACAAACAAAAACAACCAGACGGAGCCAAGUCAAACAAAAUGUCAACUGACGCACCAUAUUUAAAUGAAACCGUUAAUGCCACAACAACAGAGCUCAUCACCCAUCCCACCUACAACCUCAUCACUGCAGACAGCAUCGCAAAGAUUGCAGCCAAUGACCUGACUUCAAGAGCCAACUACUGCUAUGCGCUGUGUGCUGUGCUGGGCUUUGCCUCUGGGCUGUUCCUAUUCUACAGCUUCUUCAGGACCUACAGAGCCGGUACCUGGAACCGGCUCGACACACUCCUCUGCGCCUUCUCCAUCUCGGAAUUCUACAUAGUUCUCUGCUCCCUCUCUUCUUUGGCUCACAGGCCACAAUACCUGCAAACCACCAACUUAAACUGUGCCGUCUUUUCCUUCUUCUACAACGUGGCCUACUUCAGUGGACAGCUCACGCUGGUGCUGAUGGGCUUUGUCCUAAUAUUUGACCAGGAUCCUCCAAGCACGCCCCUGCUACAGAUGGCCCUGAACAAGCCUAUUGUGUGUGUGAGUGUGACUUCCCUGGCCUCUCUGCUGUCCUCAGUGCUGUUGACGGGACUCCUAGGCACAUCAAAGGACCCUCACAACGUGACAACCUGCCGAGUGGACCCCUGUCAAGCCGAACAUGGCUACAGCACGACCAAGUUGGUCCUGGGCUUCAUCCUACCCAACCUCCUCCUGCUGGUGCUCCUGGGGGCUGGCUGCCUCGUCUGGAGGCGAUCCAACAGCAGCUUCCUGUCCAGACUCAAGGCCUUCCCAGUGUUCCUGGCGGUCACCCUGGUGACCUUUGUCUGUCGGAUCUUCUAUAAUGGCGUGCUGAUGAAGCGAGUGAGCCUGAGGUCCCUGUCCCCGGGGCAGGAGGCGCUGAUGAGCGUGGCGGAGUUCGUGCUGUUCUCGGGCAGCUGUGCCAGCCUAGUGCUGCUACUGCUGUUACACGGUCCCUUCAGGGACGGCCUGAGGGAGGUGCUCUGCUGCCAUGGCAUGGGUGGCCGGGAGGCCAACCGGCACAUCAUGGCCCCACACAUCGAGAUCAGAGACACCCAAGAAAUGACGACCGCUGACGACCAGGAAACAACAACCACUAAUGACCACUGACUACAAUGCAGGUGCAGCAGUAGCUCUUUAUAUUAAACAUGCAAAGUAUUAUUUUUCCUUUUCCUAUUGCUUACAACUGUUAGCAAAGCAACCGCAAAGACCAACUAAUUAAAAUGGUAAUCAGAUGUUCUCAACCACAUCAAGGUUAAUUGACCAUCAGUUUUUUGCAUGUGCUGUACCUCUUGUCUUGCUAUGUCUUGUUAUCAGUCUUGGUAUGUACCAUAAACACAGGCAGCAUACAGUAAAUGUCCUGGGACAUACAAUUAGCCAUAAUCUCAGGAUGUCUGAAAACUUGAAGUAUUUUACGCAUAGUAACAUAUCUGCAAUAAUCCCUUUGUGUUUAAACAAGGACAGAUGAAUCCUGUUAUCCUGACUUUUGUAGGCAAACGGGGAGAUUGUACAUAACAUGGUGUCUAACACUGAGCUAACACAGAGACCUGCGACAAAUGGUCUUCAGAUGACAUGAUAUAAAACAGGUUGGAAUACUGAACUCCAUUCCUGUGUGUUUAACAGAAGAAAUAGACUAUCAUUAAGUCCUGGGACCUCAAGCAGCAACCUACUGUGUCAGUAAGGUUAUGGGAGGACACAGAGGCCCUGCAACAGGGAGCUGUGGGUCUUUGUGUGCUGUGCCUCCAAGUCGACUGUCCUCUUUUGCUUCUGUUUUAGUUCCCUAGUGGAACCCAACCCCUGUCAAAGCUUAACUAAAAACAAACAGACUCUGAACAGGGUUUAUCAAGUGGGGUUUUCCUCUAAUUUGACAUUUUGCAGGCACAUCUCCACAACUUGAACUGCACACAGAGCAUAAAUGAUUAGAAAGAGUUUUUGUGUUUGGUAUAUUGUCACUUAUUGGCAAAUGCUGUACACUAGGAAUUGGAGGGUGUGUUCUUUUUACAUUUUAGUUAUGUAUA